AUGGAUUACGCGAGGAAAAUAGGGAAAAAGAAGAAACCUGAUAGUUACACUCCAAAGACCCUUGUUACAAUGGUAACAACGUUUGAUUAUGAUUUGACAAAAGACAUCCCAAAGAAUAUAGAAGAUCGACGUUUAAAGAAUUGGAAAAAAUGGUUGGUCGAGAGAGAAAAGAUCGGUCGUCGUAUAAAAUCUAUAACGGGUCGUCCCGAAAUCGAUCAGACUAUUAACUCUUGCGAGAAAGUACGUUCCCUGAUCGAGUUGAAAAACUUGAUGGAACACGCCUCGAUACCGGUUCCUCUGAUACCCGAUAAAUAUCGCGGUGGUCCAGAAUUUUGGAGAGUUCCGGAAUCCUUGCCUAAACAUGGUGAUGUUUGUUUGCCCGAGAUAACAAUGGUACCGACCAAAAAGGAUCUGAAUCUUCCACCGGACAUGACGUACGUCGACGUACCAGAACUGAUCGAGAAAGAAAAAGGUUUAUAUGGUAUCUCGUUGAAGGAGACUACGUGGGAACGAAAUUUGUACUUUAAACAACGCGAACAAGAACUGCACGAAGAGAUAAAGCUUUUGAUGCCUAAGAAACCAGAAACGAAGAAACUUUUAAUUUGUGGUAAGACUUUCGUGAGGCCAAAGAAACCGCCAAAAACACCCAUUAUAACGAUUACGUCAUCGGAAGAGGACAAACCCUGUAAAGAUUUAGAUUUGGCAAUAAUUCUGAAGAUACAGGAUCGAGAGAUCGUUCAAAAUUCAAACGAUCGGUCCAACGAGAAACCCAUAGAAUGGAACUUCAACUUUCGUGGUAGGGUCGAUGAGAGAUCCGAGCAGAAGAUCACUUUUGAGAACAAAGGUAAUAUCGUGAUUCAUUAUCGCUGGAGAGACUGGUCUUUUCAACCGAAUUUUCAAUUUUUCCAAAAACACGACAGCCCUUUCUACUUCAACAAAACCGAUGGGAUCGUUUUACCAGGAAAAAUCGAGGAACUGAAGAUCUGGUAUUUGCCACGAUCGUCCAACGUAUUCGUCGAAUCCUGGAGACUCUUUACAGACCCAGAAAUAAGCAAUUCUCCAUUGAUCUGUCGAUUCUGGGGUUGUGCCGAAGAAAGAGACGAUAAGAUAUCGAGUUGUUUUGCCAUAUCCAAGAUCGACUUGUACUUAAAUCGUUGUAUCAAAGACUCAAUAAUUCGAGAGAUCAUCGAGAAGAUAAUAGCUAAUAUCGAUUAUAGAAAACCAUCCGAACCCGCAUACAGUAGUCUGUUUCUUGAAAACGAGGUCUUCAGAGCUAAAAAUCCUUAUCAUUUUUAUCAUAUGGAUAUUAUAUUGAAAUUACGCGAACUUUAUCGCGAGGUGACCGAACGAUCGGCCGUACCUUGGAAUUUAUCUCUGAACGAUCUUCGGGAGAUCCUUCUACUUAUAAAAAAACCAGAACGGAGACAGCAAAUGCUUGUACGAUUCAGUAAUCUCUGCAAGGAAUGCUUGAAGCCUCCAUUGAUUUCUACUUUCGUAAAUGAUAAGAAAUAUACGGCUGUAUAUAAUGCGUUGUGUUCGUUUGCGAAUUGUUUCGAGAUCGAGAGCGAAUUUGUGUUGACCAAUUGUAUUUCAACUAAAGAGAACAAACCGACCGAUCCGAAUGACUCAUUGAUGUCACAAUUAUCUGCGGGAAGUAUUAACAAGCAUCGUAAAAAGAAUAAGAAUCAAGACAAUGAGCCGACGAAGUCACAGGUAUUAGGAAGCUCUGUGAGCUUGGAGCAAAGGUAUACCGGCAGUCAACUUUACAAGGAGGUAUUUUUCGUUCGUAUUUAUGAGAUAUUAGGUGAGAUUAUAGAACGUAUUUCGGCGAUAAUUAACUCUUACAAUCGAUUGGAUGGGAUAGACACUUCGUUCUGUCUAUCGAGAUAGAAAGUGCGUGUUAUAUAAGUGUGAAAUAAUCGAAGUAAAAAUUAUGCGAAAUUCGAAUACUUUUUAUAAUUCGUUCGAUUAAGUACCUUGUUUGAGAGAUUAAGAAAUGCCCAAGAAUAUUCUUCUUCCGCGCAACAAUUGAAUUUUCUUGCAGUUAUUUUUUAUAGGAUUACCUUUCUCAUCCUUCAGCAUUCGAAAAGCAUCGACCUACGAUUGUUUGAAUUUGCAUGUAAUUUUGUUACUCUUGAAAUAAAGGAUGCUUACUUGAGAUGGACUUAUCCUAAUCAUCAAUGGAAAAAUAAUCCAAGUAACGCAUUCGGGAUAUCCGAGAAUACCGCAUGAACCUUCGUUGUAAGAUCCUUGGUAACUGUAAUAACGUUCGCAGCGAGCAGCCCAUCGCAUCCAGCAUAAUGAAUCUUAAUUGAAUACGUUGAAUGAAUUCUACGACCGACGAAUAGAAAAUUUAAUUUGCUUUUAAUGAAACAUACUCGGUGGAAUAUUUUUCUCGGAUCCUGCGUCUACGACGUAUUUUAAAUUUUCAGUAAUCUUUUCGAAUUGUGGGUUAUUCUCGACGUACUCUCCCGAUGGGAC